CCCACAGGAAGAUUUAGACAAAACGAACAGACAGCAACUAAGGGUAGAGAGAAGAGAGAGACAUAAGAGAGACAGAGAGAAUUAAAAAUGUGUUAGAAAGAAAAAGAUUGAGAGUAAAGUGGAACGAAUAACAAACAAGGCAAGGAACCUAUAAAAAAAGAAGCACAGGGGUAGGAGAUUAAUAAAAUAUUAAAAGCUGAGAGAUCAGGACAGCAUCCAGGUAAAGAAAACGUUACAGACUACAAAAGGCUGCACCCCAAUUUAACCGCCAUGUUGCCAACGCUCUCAGUAUCUCAGCUCCCACAGGGGGGGUUCAGCUUUGAAAACUGUCUAAGGAAUUCUAACCUAGAGGAUCAGGGUCUAACCAUUGGGCUAAAGGCCCCUAAAGCUCGCAAGACAGGCACCACCAUCGCUGGCCUCAUAUUUAAGGAUGGGGUGAUACUGGGAGCAGAUAGAAGAGCAACUGAUGAUAUGGUCGUGGCGGAUAAAAACUGCGCUAAGAUUCAUUACAUCACUGAAAAUAUAUAUUGCUGUGGGGCUGGAGUGGCAGCAGAUGCAGAGAAUGUGACCCAGAUGCUUUCUUCCAACCUCCACCUGCACUCUCUGUCCACAGGACGCCAGGCACGUGUGUGCACCGCUAACAGGAUUCUAAAGCAGCUGCUGUACAGAUAUCAGGGUCACAUUGGGGCGUCUCUUAUAGUUGGCGGAGUGGAUGUUAAGGGGCCUCACUUGUAUAGUAUAUAUCCUCAUGGGUCUACGGACGCUAUUCCAUUUGCUGCUUUGGGGUCUGGAGCUUCUGCUGCGAUGGCUGUUUUGGAGGAUCGAUUCAAGCCCAACAUGGAGUUAGAAGACGCGAAGCAACUGGUCACAGAAUCAAUUACUGCCGGGAUCCUCUGUGAUUUAGGAUCAGGAAGUGGGGUGGACUUGUGUGUGAUUGCUAAAGAGGGGACAACCAUCUUACGAGGCUACACAGAUACAGAGAAGCGAGGCAAGAAAAUGGGUUCCUACCGUUACAAGAGGGGUACUACAGCUGUAAUGACUGAGUCCAUCACAAAACUAGAACUGGUGGAAGAAACCAUUCAACACAUGGAUGUAGAUGACACCCGCUAAAAAAUGCGGAAACAGACUCGCAGCUUGCUGGGCAAAUCUUGGGAUGCAAAAACCAUAUAUGGAACGUAUCACUGGAAAAACUAAAAACACUGUGAAAGAACUUUGCACUAUGACAUACAAAAAUACUUUAUCUAUUAACCUGAAACUGCUGCCUGAUAUGCAACAGACUGAAUUUUAUCAUGCUAAAAUAAUGUAUAAUAUAAAUCUCAAAACACUUUAGGAAUAAGUAUGUCUAUCACAGCAAUAGCAUAUUAAUAAUGUUUCAUGGUGUGUUACUGACAAAUCAUAAGAAUAUUCCAUUACUAUACAGAUUACACUUCGCUACAAGUCUGAUUACUUUGCAAGGUCAUUAUCUUGGGCAAUGGCAAAACAUGCAAAUUAAAUUUCUUCAUGCUUACAGCAAAAACAAUAAUAUGCAAUAAACAUUUUUAAAUCACAUUAAGAACAGUCCAAUAGCUUACAGAUAAUACAACAGCACUUUUGAUGGGUCAUUGCCUUGUGCAAUUGUAUAACAUCAACACGCUUACAGCAAUAAAUAUCUAAAAAUGCA